AUGAGGUCUUCUCUCCUGUCUCUCGGCGUUUGCGCCACUCCUACGCUUUCUCUGGCGAUCUCAAACGCCACCUGCAAAUGCUUCCCUGGGGAGAGCUGCUGGCCUUCCACCGAGAGCUGGGAGUCUCUGAAUGCGACGGUCGGUGGUAGGCUUAUUGAGACUGUUCCUUUGGCUAGGAGCUGCCACGAUCCUCAGUUCGACAAUGCCACCUGCUCGGCACUCCAGAGCGAAUGGCAAUCCCCAUCAGUACACAUGUCUGACCCGUCUUCGGUCAUGGCCCCGUUCUUUGCCAAUCAGAGUUGUGACCCCUUCACUGCCGAGAACAAGGCCUGUGAUUUCGGUAGCUACGUUCGCUACGCAGUAAAUGUCUCAAAUGCAGACGAUGUAGCCGCUACCAUCGCGUUUGCCAAGAAGAACGAUAUCCGGUUCGUUAUUCGAAACACUGGACACGAUUAUCUCGGUCGUUCAACUGGAGCCGGGUCACUAUCAGUCUGGACUCACUACCUCAAGGACAUUGAGUUCCUCAACUGGAACGAUGCCAACUAUACCGGAAGUGCCGUCAAGGUUGGCGCAGGCGUGCAGGGCUACGAGAUCCUUGCUGCCACCAAAGCUAAGGGUCUUGUCGUGGUUGGCGGCGAGUGCCCGACAGUCGGAAUAGCUGGUGGAUAUACACAGGGUGGUGGGCACUCUGCUUUGAGCACAUCGUUUGGUCUUUCUGCAGACAAUGUCUUGGAGUGGGAGGCAGUCACAGCAGAUGGCCAGCUUGUCACAGCUUCUCGAUCAGAGAAUCCCGAUCUGUACUGGGCUCUCAGCGGUGGUGGCGCAGGCAAUUAUGCCGUCGUGACUUCAAUGACUGUCAAGACAUUUCCAGAUACGUAUGUUGGAGCAGGCACUCUCGCCUUCUACUCGGUUGAUACAACAACGGAUGCUUUCUACGAGGCUAUCGACGCCUUCCACAAUGCGUUGCCCGCUAUGGUAGACGCAGGGUCCAUGGUCGUGUAUUAUUUCACGUCCACUUUCUUCCAGAUUGCGCCGCUUACAGCUUACAACAAGACGGCAGCAGAGGUCAAGGCCAUCAUGGCGCCCUUCAUCGAGAAGCUUAAUGAGCUGAAUGUCACGCACACGGCGUCAUACAACCAAUCAUGCUCAUACUACAAACAUUACGAUACCUACUUCGGCCCGCUUCCCGUCGGUGCGAUCCAGGUCGGAAUUGCUCAGUACGGUGCCAGGCUCAUUCCUCGCUCUGUCGUGCAGGGCAACAGCACAGCUCUCAACCAAGCCGCCCGAGCUAUUGCAGAGCAGGGUGUCACCUGGAUUGGUGUAGGAACAGACGUCAGCAGGUUCGCGACUGAUGAGCAGAACGCCGUGCUGCCCGCUUGGCGGAAGGCUCUCGUGCACGCCACAUUGACGACCGUCUGGUCCUUUGAUCCGGAAGACUGGGACCAAAUGCUGGCCAACCAACAGCUCAUGACUGAUACUGUCAUUCCUACCAUCGAAGCUGCGACUCCUGGAUCUGGCGCUUAUCUUAACGAAGGCGACUUCCAGCAACCAAACUUCCAGGACACGUUCUUCGGGUCCAAGUACGAGUCUCUCUUGGGCAUCAAGAAGAAGUACGACCCGAGUGGACUGUUGUACUCAACCAAGGCAGUCGGUUCUGAAUCAUGGAAGGUUUCCGAGAGCGGACAGUUAUGUCGAGCUUAA